AUGACAAAGUUCAGAGGUUGUAUAGAUAUCCAUUCAGGUCAAGUCAAACAAAUAGUAGGAGGCACUUUAACCCAAGAUGAUGUCAAUUCCACUGCAAACACAUCCAAAACGUUAGAGAAUUUUGUACUGACGAAACCAUCGUCAUAUUACGCUCAGUUGUAUUCUGAGAAUAACCUUCAAGGGUGUCAUGUGAUCAAGCUCGGUCUGAAUCCAGAAAACGAUAAAGCUGCUGAAUUGGCAUGCAAGACAUGGCCUGGUGGCUUACAAGUUGGCGGAGGGAUCCAUUUGGAAAAUGCACAAGGAUGGGUCGAUAAAGGUGCGUCGCAUGUCAUUAUCACCAGUUGGCUCUUUUCCAAAAAUGAAGAGACAGAUAAAAUGGAGCUCGAUUUUGACAAGUUGAAGACUAUUAGCAAUAAAGUCGGUAAGAAGCACCUAAUUGUGGACUUGAGUUGUCGAACUAUCAUCAACGACGAUAGUGGGACUGUUUGGUACGUGGCAAUGAAUAAAUGGCAAACAAUUACAGGUAACCGAUUGAGCCAAGACUUUUUGUUUAAUGUGAGUAAAUACUGUGACGAGUUGCUAAUACACGCUGCCGAUGUGGAAGGAUUGUGCAAAGGUAUUGAUGAAAAGUUGGUUUCCAGUUUGGGUAGCUGGUGCCCUCCCAACUUUGAAGGUAAAAUAGUCUACGCUGGAGGGGCAAAGUCGAUCGAAGAUCUUGAGCUUGUUAAAAGCUUGAGUAAUGGGAAAGUCGACUUGACUUUUGGUAGUGCCCUUGAUAUCUUUGGAGGCAAACUCGUCAAGUUUGAUGAUUUGAUAAAGUGGAAUCAAAAAAAUAAUUGA